UGGUUAUAAAUAGAACUUCAAGUUUUUUUCAAUGCUCAAGUAUCUGAUCCUUAAUCUUGUUAGAACAAGUUUUCUUUCAACACGUCUUGUGAGAGAACUUUCGUAGCUAGUAGCCAUGAAGAGGUCGAGCUGCUAUAACGGUUAUUCGUUGUUUCUGACAACGUUGAUGUUAUGUGUAGUUGCCAGGUCCCAACUGACUACUGAUUUCUAUUCGACAACAUGUCCUAACCUUCUCCAAAUUGUCCGUAGAGAAGUUCAGAAAGCUAUCAAGUUCGAAACACGUAUGGCAGCCUCUUUGAUUCGGCUUCAUUUUCAUGACUGCUUUGUCAAUGGUUGUGAUGCAUCAGUUCUGCUGGAUGGAAAUGAUGGUGAGAAGUUUGCUUUGCCUAACAUAAACUCGGCAAGGGGAUUUGAAGUUGUGGAUGCAAUAAAAACUGCUGUGGAAAGCCAAUGUAGUGGUGUUGUAUCUUGUGCUGAUAUACUAGCCAUAGCUGCCCGAGAUUCGGUCCUCCUAAGUGGGGGGAAAUCAUGGAGAGUUCUGCUCGGAAGAAGAGAUGGACUAGUGGCUAACCAGACUGGAGCAAAUGCUAAACUUCCUUCCCCGUUUGAAGAUGUGGAUACGAUCAUCAACAAGUUUGCUGCAGUAGGAUUAAAUAUCAUAGACGUAGUCGCCUUAUCGGGUGCUCACACAAUUGGACAAGCAAGAUGUGCCACCUUCAACAACAGAUUGUUCAACUUCUCGGGAACCGGUGCUCCGGACAGUACAAUGGAAUCAAGUAUGGUGUCUGAUCUGCAAAAUCUGUGUCCACUAACUGAUGAUGGCAACAAGACUACAGCUCUCGAUCGGAACUCCACUGAUCUAUUUGACAACCACUAUUUCCAGAACUUGCUAAACAGUAAGGGUCUUCUCUCAUCUGACCAAGAACUAUUUUCAAGUACCAAUUUGACAACCAAAGUUCUGGUUCAGGCCUAUAGCGCUAAUCAAAAUCUUUUCUUAAAUGACUUUGCUAAUUCCAUGAUCAGAAUGGGGAAUAUAAGCCCGCUAACAGGGUCUAGUGGAGAGAUCAGGAAAAAAUGUAGUGUGGUUAAUUCGUAAGACGAAAUUCAUUAAAGUAGGGUUUGUUAGGUAAGGAAUGUGCAAAAGUUUAUUGCUCUCUAUCGAAGCUGUAUGGUCAGUGAAGUCAGGCACUACAGGUCUUGUUUUAGUCCAUGAAUAAAUUCAUAAUGAGGUGGGUUUUAUAUAUUUUGAUGG